GUUUGUUUUGUGCCUUAACUCAAUGCGACUUGGAACCGUGCGUUUUUGGAACUUGCGAAUUAACCGAAACGAACUUUAAGUGUCGUUGUAAGAGUGGAUAUUUGGGCGCGACGUGCGAACAAAAACGAAAACCUUGUCAAGAUAAUCCGUGCGAGAGUCGCGGGAUUUGCACGGAACGAGGAAAUUCGUUUCAUUGUCAGUGUCACGCGUGGUGGGAAGGAACAAGAUGCGAAAGAAGAAUGAUGCAUAUUCCUUACAAACCGUUAAGCGAACGAAUGCUUCACGAACCGUUUUGGCUUGGUUUAAUGACCGUUACUGUGGUUAUGGGGGUUAUAGGGCUCGUUUGGUGUGCCAAAAGACAUUUUCCAGAAAAGAUUGAAAAAUUGUUAGCUGAAGAAGAUGAUCGAUCGAGAAGUGGAGUGUCUAGUUUGAGAAGUUCUUCGGUGAGGGAACAAUUAGCGGCGGCUUCCGCUGCGGCUUCAGCAGCUGGAGUUGCAACGUCUGGGUCAUUAACCAAUCCGGGAACGGGGGUUCCUCGAUCGCUCUUCGGACGUCUCGGUAUCCGAAAGCCAUCAAUCCUCAGCCUAACCAGCCCACACGCAGGCGGAUAUUCACCAGCAACCGCUCGUACCUUUAGUUUGGAUGAUUUGCUAAAACCCGCUCCGAGACGUAAGGCAAUGUGUGCCAAAUCUGAUAACCUUCUUCGUGAUAAUAACCUUUCUAUGUCUCUUUUCUUCUUUACUCUCUGUCUCUUUAUAUCUAUGCAACUCGAGCACUCUUUCAUUUUUACAGCAAACCUUCACUCUUUACAGUGUCCGACAAAAAAUCAGCAAUUACCUCUUCUUUUUGGUUCUAUUACAUCUACGCCUUUAAAGUUUUGUUUGUUUGAUAUUCAAAUUGUUGAUACCUAGAACUUUUUGUUUUCGUUAUUUUCAUUUUUAGUAACACAUAAUUUUCAAAAAAUUAUAUCAACUGUAUUUUUAAGUCUCAUGAUUCUAGUUUAUGCAGUUUUUAUCACAGUUGUCAACAAAAACCUUGGGAUAUAUUGUACACGAUCCAGUCUUUCAAAGAUCUAUGGUGUGGUAUGGUUAGAAUCUUUAUCCUGUUUAUAGAUAAAAGCUCGCAAAUAUCCCAAUUUUUCUGCACAUUGCUCAAUUAUAAUAUACACCUUCGCAGUCAAUAUUCCAUCCAUGAAAUGAAGAUUUCUAAAUCUUGCCUCUAAAAAACAUCCCCAAUUUCAUCACCAAGCUUUCACCACGUUUGAACCACUUAUUCCUUUACUCUUCUAAGGGCUGAUCUUACAAAACAGUUUAUACCGCUCCGUAUACCAAGAAUAACUAAAAGUUGGUAUAAACACUAGAAUAAACGUCUUACAAUACCGGCGUAUAGCAUAAGUAAUGAUAUACGGCGCAGGAUAGCUGUACUGUGCAAUUCAGCGCGAAUAGCUUAUACUAGGAAUAAGUUAAGGACUGUUUAGCAUUGAUUAUAAUUAAUCAGACGUAAUAAUUAUUGUAUGAAAUGGCUUCAACAAAUAAUGGCCUUGUCUAAAAGACAAGCACAUAUUAAUUUUUAAUAUAGCAUCAGCAAUAACUUGCACGAAAAAAAUCCUUUGCGAUUACGAUGUAAUUCCGCAUUUCCGCCACCUGGGGACUGAAUGCGCACAUGGGUACAGUCAAUAGCACCUAUGAAAUACGGGACUUUUGCUAUGCGAUAAAAUUGCAACUUAACACUAUCCAGUUCUUGAGAGCCUUUUUUGAGGCUCAAUUUUGAGGCAUAAAAAUAUAUUGUAGCCUUAACGAUGCGAUUGCCAACGUCACAGCCUUUACGAUCUGUCCAGCAAUGUUUUGCUGAUGCCAACAAAAUCUGCUAUUGUAAGGAGCAUAGAACCAGAAGCAUAAAAUCGUAACGUCAGCAUCAUUUCACUGGUAAUCGGUUUCUGGUUUCUAUUAGUCCUGGGUGAGAUUCGCCCUCUAAUUUGAUCAAGAAUUACGUGGAUUGCAUUUUUGAUUAAACCGCAUCUUAAACUGGUCUUCUGAUAAGGUUUCCAAAUAAUUUACCCUGAGAAGAAGUACAUAAAUACAUACAGGGUGGGCAAAUUUGGGU